AUGACUCUCCAGUGGACGGCUGUGGCUCUCUUCCUCUAUGGAGAGAUAGCAGUCAACCUCAUCUUGUGUAUACCCUUCAUAUCAGCACAGAGAUGGCGUUUGGUUUUCAGCUGGAGAAUAUGGAACUGGUUAUCACCAUAUCAGAACAAGGGCUUCUUUACAAUGAUCAUGGUCCUCAUUGUUCUCUUCCUUGAUGCUCUCCGUGAAGUGCAGAAGUACUCGGGUCCUGAGCCCAUGCAAGACGCCAAGGUGAACCCCAAUGUAUACGACCACGUCCACAUGAAGCUGUUCAGAGCCCAGAGGAACCUCUACAUAUCUGGCUUCUCUCUCUUCCUCUGGCUUAUCAUGCGUCGGGUUGUCACCUUGCUAAACCAGGUUGCUGUCACGCUGGAGGACAGUGCAGGCCUUCGGACGCAGAUGGGCAGUGCUGUCAAAGCAGCCAAGCAGCACCAGGAGGACAACCUGAAGCUCAAACGAGCUCUCCUAGAUGAUGAAAAAUCUAUGUCAGCAAAAAACGAACAACUGAAGCUGGAGGCUGAGAAGCUGGCAGGUCAACUGAAGGCUGCAGAGGAGGCUGUGCGCAAGUCUCACACUGAAGUGGAAGCCAUGAAAAGGCAGGCGAAAGGUCUGGCACAAGAGUAUGACAGACUAUUGAGGGAACACCAUCAGCUCCAGAAUCUCCAGAGUGAUCAAGACAAAAAGGAUCAAUAACCACAG